CACAAAGUAAGCGAUAUGUUAAUCUCAAAAUUAAAUAUUUGACUUGUUAGAUAUUUGAUAUAAAGCGUUUUAUAUUCAGACUGCUGCGCUUCAUUAUCAACCAUUGAAUGUUAAGACACACAAAAACCACAAUAGAUAACAAUUGACUGGAACAAAAACCACAAUGCUCGAAGAAACGAAUAUUUAAGGGCUUGAAAUUGCAGAAUAUGAUUUAUUACUCAUUGCUUUUUGAACAGAGUGUGAGCUCGAAGUAAUUGUACGACAAUGGACAGAACUCAGUGGGAAAACAAUGAAGAAAUUGAAAUCUUCCGCCAAUAUUUACGAAUACCCACUGUGCCUCCAAAUCUAGAUUACACCCCAUGUGUAGAAUUUUUAAAGCGUCAAGCUGCGAGCCUUGAACUGCCCGUAGAAGUGAUUUAUCCCGUUAAUAACACGGAUCCUGUAGUCAUUAUGAAAUGGCUGGGAAGUCAACCUGAACUACCCUCAAUUCUACUCAAUUCACACACCGAUGUGGUGCCCGUCUUCAGGGAUAAAUGGUCCCAUGAUCCAUUUAAUGCCGAUCUUGAUGAAGAGGGUAGGAUCUAUGGACGUGGAGCUCAAGACAUGAAAUGCGUUGGCACACAAUAUUUAGGAGCCAUUCGUGCUCUUAAAGCUAGUGGCUACCAACCGAAGCGGACUGUUUAUCUCACCUAUGUUCCCGAUGAGGAGACCGGUAAAUAUUUUACCAUGAGGAAACUGGUUCAGGGUGUCUUCAAGGAAAUGAAUGUGGGUUUCAGUUUAGACGAAGGCAUGGCCAGCGAGGAUGAGUCAUUUGCUGUGUACUACGCUGAACGCACCUUGUGGCAUUUACACUUAAAAUUCAGUGGUACAGCUGGUCAUGGCUCUCUCUUACUCGCAAAUACCGCCGGCGAGAAGCUCAGCUAUGUCGUCAAUAAGUUCAUGGAGUUCCGUAAAUCUCAGGUUCAGCGUUUGGCCGAUGAUUCCACAAUUGAUAUUGGCGAUGUGACCACUGUUAAUCUCACUCAAAUAAAAGGAGGCGUCCAGAGUAAUGUGGUUCCUCCAGUUUUGGUGGCAGUCUUCGACAUUCGUAUUGCCGUAACCGUGGAUGUGGCUGCCUUUGAGAAGCAAAUUCGUGAUUGGUGUGAGGAAGCUGGAGGCGGUAUAGAGCUAGAUUUUGAGAUGAAAUGUUCUCCUGUACAUCCAACUAAAAUAGAUGCCUCAAAUCCAUUCUGGAUGGCCUUUAAGCAGGCUUUGGAUUCCAAUGGGCUGAAAACGCGGGUACGUGUUUUUCCUGCUACCACCGAUAGCUACCACAUUCGCCAGGGCGGUAUUCCCGCAUUGGGCUUUUCACCCAUCAAUAAUACUCCCAUUCUACUGCAUGAUCACGAUGAGUAUCUGGGGGCCCAGACUUAUCUGAAUGGCAUUGAGAUCUAUAAAAAACUCAUUCCAGCUGUUGCUGAUGCCUAAAUGGCCAACAGAUGAAGAAUAUUAAAUAAAAGAAAAAUAUUUUAAAGUAAAUUCAUACAAUUUUGUAUCAUAAAUUUAAGAUUUAUUUUUUUUGGCCACAAAAUUAUCCAAUCGAAGAAGCUGUGUAAUUGUACUUACAAAUUAGUUCUUAACCCAAAGACAUAGUUUUGUUUUUGUACAAACAUAUGAAGCACUCGUUCUAGUACUAGUAAAGAUACACAAAAGUUUUAUCCGAGAAUAAAAAAAAGUAUAUAAAACCACAA